ACUGCGAGGAGAUUUCAGUUCUGCUCACUUGAAAAUAUUAAAAAGAUAAAUGAAUUUUUCCACUAUUAAUAAGUGAUAGGGUUUUGCAACAAUUCUUCAUCUCAUCUCACUACUCACUAGCUAGUGAGAAGUUUUCCACCUUCUUGUCAAGAUCGAAACCAUGGGUAUUUUUGUCUCCAAAACCGGGAGAAGAUCGAGAUACGACGAAAUAAAUCAGAAUCAAAAUGGUUCUUUCUCGUCUCGUGGCAGAAGAAUAAAACCACUGAGCCGGGAAGUUGUGUUGCACGCAGCCGCACUCAAGGGUGAUUGCGCUGCCGCCGAAAAUCUUUUCAAAGACAAAAACUUGAUCAAACAUCCCAUAACAGAAGGAGGUGAAAUCGCACUGCACAUAGCUGCCGUCGAAGGCCAUCAAGAUUUCGUCUCAAAAUUGUUAGAGGUCAUGGAAAGAGAAGACUUGGAGAUUAAGAACGCUUUAGGGUGCACUGCACUAUGCUUUGCUGCAGCUGGUGGCCACAUUGGAAUUGCUCGAUUAAUGUUGGACAAAAAUCCAGAUUUGGCAAAAGUUAGGGGUACUGAUGGAGGAGUUUGGCCCCUCUACAUGGCUGCAUUGCAAGGAUUUGGCGAAAUGGCUGAACUUCUCCUCAUUCCCUCUGAUAUAGCAUCUUGGACCGAACUAGAAAAGGCUGACUUGCUAACUUCAGCAAUCGACUCGGGGCUAUAUGAUUUGGCUGUAAAAAUUGUGGACGGCGAUAAAACGUUAGCUUUGGCUCAAGAUGCAAAUGAACUGACACCAUUGCAAGUGCUUGCGGGAAAAUCCGUGGCAUUUUCUAGUGACAAUGGCCAAGGAUUUUGGGACAACAUUUCAAGAAAUGUAUUGAACUACAUGAAUAUGCCAAAGACCGAAGAUGAGAAUGCAGAAAAGGUGAAUGCCUACACAUUAAUGGAUUGUUUGUGGGAUGCUGCGGAAUCAUGUAAAGAAGAAGUUGAAGCAGGUAUCGGUCAUGUAGCUAGUGCUGCAGAUACUGCGCAAUUAUUUUUUAUAGCGGCGGAAGCGGGAAACGAUGAAUUCUUGGUGGAGCUAUUCAAGAAGGACCAUAAUUUACUGUACAAGGUAAAUGAAGAUUCGCAGAGCAUAUUUCAUGUUGCGGUGCGGCGUCGCUAUAACAAAGUGUUCAGCUUGAUGUUUGAGCUGGAUGGUACCAAAGAUUUGCUAGCAUCAUACAUAGAUGACAAAGGUAACAACAUAUUGCACUUGGCUGGAAAAUUAGCACCUCAAAAUCAGCUCGACAGCAUUCCCGGUGCACCUUGGCAGAUGCAACUGGAAGUGUUGUGGUUCAAGGUGGUGGAGAAGCUCGUUCAGCCCGCAUUCCGAUACAAGAAGAACUCGGAAAACCAAACGCCCCGCGAGCUAUUCAUGUCGGAGCACAAAGAUCUGCGUGCGGAGGCGGAGAAAUUCAUGAAGCAGACUGCGAAAUCGUGCAUGCUGGUGACGAUGCUGAUCGCGACGGUGGUGUACACGGCAGCCUUCACGGUCCCGGGCGGGUACGACGGCAAGGGAGCGCCGAUCCUGGAGAGCAAGAAAAUGUUCGUGGUGUUCCCAGUUGCGGAGACGGUGGCGACGCUGUCGUCGCUGACGUCGAUGCUGAUGUUCCUGUCCAUCCUGACGUCGCGAUACUCGGACGAGGACUUCAUGAUGAAGCUGCCGUUCUGGAUGGUGGUCGGGGUGGCGACGCUGUUCUUCUCGAUCGUGGCGAUGAUGGUGGCGUUCUGCUCGUGCUUGCUGUUUUUCGAGCACGGGUGGUUGGCGGUGGCACUGCUGCUGCUGUUUUUUGGGAUCGUGCCGGCGAUGUUUGUGGUGUUGAAGUAUCCUUUGUUGAAGAAUAUCUUUAAGUGUACGUAUAGCUGCACCUGGUUGUUUCGCUCGGACGGACGCCUGCAUUCGUAGAUGCACGUGUUGUUUUGACCGUACGGCCCAGUCCAUCGUUAUACUACUAUUGCAGCAAGAUCUGCUCCUCCCUUGCCAACUGCAGAUCGUUAUACUACUAUUAUUAGGGCACGUGAUGGAUUAUCGCUUAUGUGUGUAAUAGUAUAAAAUAAAAUCAGCAUUCCAGAUAUGUUGAAGAUGUAUAUAUGUGUGUUUGUAUGCAUUAGAUUAUUAAAUAAUAGGACUCCCUAGUUUUCGAACCACUACUACUCCAUCCACUAUGUUCAAAAAAAAAUAUACGAGUAUAUUAUUUUAUUAGUUUAUAUUUUGAUUCA